AUGAACAACAGUACCUAUGCCACAGGCCAGUUCCUGAACCCUGGCCCAGCACCACGGCCUCCGACCGACAGACCCCGCCUUAAUCUGACACCCAACACCAAUCUCCCCGGGAGCAUGGGUAACAUGAGCCUUUCUUCCCCAAUGAGGACUGUGCCCUCCCAGUAUAGCGGCUCUACCAUCUCGCUUCCGUUAGGACGCCAGUCAUCUAACACUGAUGGCUCAGGAGGGCUGGGCAUCAUCAAGCAAGGCUGGGCUUCGGUGAAGGAGAAUAGAAACUUCAUCAAUCCCUGGAAACAGAAGUACCUAAUUCUCCGCAAGGAGUGCCUCGACUUCCACAAAGCUGAGGGUAGCAAGGUUGCCUAUACCUUGUUUCUAAAGGAUGUCAUUAACGUCGGCCGGGUUGAGGCAGCCGGUACCAUCUUUGAGAUCAAGAGAAACACCAGCGGCUCCUCAACAAGCCCUGGCGAUGAUGACGGCACUCUCCGAACCCUCCAUAUCAAGGUCAAGGGUGACGACGAUCUCUAUGAGUGGAUUGACUUCAUAUAUGGCCGCUGCCCGGGCAUGGGUGGAGUGAGCAAUCCCACCAACUUCUCACACGCCGUCCACGUCGGUUUUGACCCCCAGAGCGGUGAAUUCGUCGGGCUGCCCCCUGAGUGGUCCAAGUUGCUCAACUCGUCAGCCAUCACAAAGGAAGACUACGAGCGAGACCCGCAAGCUGUCUUCGAGGUCUUGGACUUCUACUCGGAUCUGACCAAGCGCGCCCAAAACCCCAACCAGUACCCCAGCCUGACCCCUACCCCGCCCCCAGGGAGCAUGCAGAACAGGCAGUUGGGCUACGCCAGUGGUAGCUCUGUUGCGCCGCCACGCCCAAUGCAGCCAAUGCAGCGCAAUCCCAGUUCGACUUACGGAUCCCAGCAAGGUGUCGGGGGACAACGCCGGCCUUCUCCAACAGAAUCCCAAAACCAGCAGCGCAUGCAGAUGCAGAACAUGGCCCCCAACUAUGUGAACAAUGAUCGCAGCCGUGAAGAGCAGCGCGUGAGGGAUGCCGAGGCUGCCCAGCGGCAGAAGAUGAUGGAAAUGGAGGAGCAGAACCGCCGAGAUAUGGAGGCAUACAAUGCCUCGAUCCCCAAAGCGAAGACCCCGGCUGCCCAACAGGAGCUGGGAGGCUAUGGAGGAGCCCCGACUUCUGGUCCCGAUCGGUUCAAUCCCAGCCGAGCUGCACCCACCGCGCCAAAGGCAAGCCCACAAGCUGCCAGCCUCCGUGCCCAACGACCGGCACCCUCGCCGCCGACUGCUGGCGCUUCACGCCCGCCCGUCAGCCAGCAGUCCAGCUCGUCAUCUACCCGUGAUCCGCAGUUGCAGGCACAGAGAAUCCCACGGCCCGACCAGCAGGGCUCCCAAAGCCCUGCCCAACGGUACCCCAAUGGUGCUAUGACCGCCCAGGCACGAGCCAACGGCCAAGGACAGGCACAGGCACAGCCCCCCUCGCGACUGCCGGCACCCGUCAAGCCCCUCAACGUUGGUCCCAAGACAACUGGCCAGGAUGCGGUCAAGGCCGCAGAGGCUGCUCUCACGGCCAAGCCGACUGCAGCAGAGCGCAAGCAGGAUGUACGCAUGUCUACCAUGUCGGAGGGAGAGGUCAUGGCAAAACUCAAGGAGGCCGUCUCCAAGGACGACCCCAACCUGUCUUACUCAAAGCAGAAGAAGAUUGGCCAGGGCGCGUCUGGGUCCGUCUACGUUGCUAAGGUCAAAGAGACGGCUCCCUCUCCUGUGGCUCGCGAGAUCCUGCGCCAGCAGGGCAUCAAGGCCCAGGUCGCCAUCAAGCAGAUGGAUCUUGCUCACCAACCCCGCAAGGAGCUGAUUGUGAACGAGAUCAUGGUCAUGAAGGACAGCAAGCAUCGGAACAUUGUGAACUUCCUCGACGCCUUCCUCCGCAAUAACAACUCGGAGCUGUGGGUUGUCAUGGAGUUUAUGGAAGGUGGUGCACUGACUGAUGUCAUUGACAACAACCCGGUCAUCACCGAGGAGCAGAUCUCGACCAUCUGUCUCGAGGCAUGCCGAGGCCUCCAGCACCUCCACUCGCAGAACAUCAUUCACCGCGAUAUCAAGAGUGACAAUGUCCUCUUGGAUGCCCGUGGUAACGUUAAGAUCACUGAUUUUGGCUUCUGUGCCAAGCUUACGGAAACGAAAAACAAGCGAGCCACUAUGGUUGGCACUCCUUACUGGAUGGCUCCCGAAGUCGUCAAGCAAAAGGAGUAUGGCCCGAAGGUCGAUAUCUGGUCUCUCGGCAUCAUGGCUAUCGAGAUGAUCGAAUCCGAACCCCCCUACCUCAACGAAGAACCGCUGAAGGCCCUCUAUCUCAUUGCCACCAACGGCACUCCCCGGCUUAAGAAGCCGGAGAGGCUCAGCAAGGAACUCAAGGCCUUCCUCUCAGUCUGCUUAUGCGUCGACGUUAAGAGCCGCGCAUCUGCUCGUGAGCUUCUAGAACACGAUUUCUUGAAGCACGGCUGCCCACUGCCGAGUUUGGCUGAGCUUCUAGCCUUCAAGAAGCACGCCAAAUGAGUUGGGGGGAACGUUCCAUCUUUCCCCUUAUGAAUGAAAUAUGAGAAUCGCGAUGCCUUGAAAUGCCCCUUUUGGAGGAGAGUCAUGAUGAUUUCUGCAGGCAAGCCGUGCAUAUACCUAUUUUUUAACGAAUGAAAUCUUCGGCGCGCGGGGUGGUAAUGGACAACCCUUUUUUCCCCUUUCUGCUUUUUUUUCUCUUCUCUUUUCCCCUUCGGAUUUCUCGGAUCAGCAUGGAAGGAUAUUCAUUCCCCCGGUCAAAUGGAUCACUACACAAUUCGACGGCAAAACCUUAUUAGCAUGGGUGGCAUGGAUUUCCAGUGUGGCUUUGGGCAUAUAUCAUCCCCCGGUCGCCUCUUGCUAUUCAGGUCAUUCAGCGUUUGGAGAUAGUAUCGACUGGUUCC